GAGUUUAGCCCCAAGCCUAAUUAAAAGCACAACCAGCUAAUCAAGGUCUUCAGGAUUACUAAAAGCUUCCAGGCAGGUGUUUUGGAGCUGGUUGCACUCUCCAGGACCGGAGUUUAACAUGAUAGGGAUCUGCACUUUUGUUUGGAAUUCACCCCAUAACAUGACACUAACCUGAAAAACUAUAAGUUACUGCAGUACUCAGGAGUGUCAUCCACCGAUCCAAAUAACAAAUUCGUUUCCCAAGGAUUAUUCUGACCGAGUAGAUAUUUUUGUCUUUGGUCAUUGACGAUUUCUUCCUACAAAUCUAACGUAGAAAAAAGCAACUAAAAUGCUGAAUACUACCAGCUGGGACCCACUGCACAUCGCUAACUAUGUUGGAGAAUACUUGGACUUGAUUGAGUCUUUACCAUUCGACCUGCAAAGAAAUGUGUCUCUUAUGAGAGAAAUUGACUCCAAAUACCAAGAACUCCUCAAAGAGUUAGAUGAGGCAUAUGAGAAACACUGCCAUGAAGAGGACCCCAUCCAGCAAAAGCGCUUGCUACACUGUAUCCAAAGAGCCCUUAUCCGAAGUCAGGAACUGGGUGAUGAGAAGAUCCAACUUGCUAGUCAGAUGGUGGAGAUGGUGGAAAAUCGUAGCCGGCAAGUGGACAGUCUUGCUGAGCUUCUAGAAACCAGACAUGAACCCCAAGAAAGCAUGACCGCUACUACCAUGUCUUCCAUUUUUCCCAGCAAGAGAAGAGAGGAGGAGAAAAGAAGAGAGGAAUCCCUUGGUUCAAUAGAAAGUCUUUCUGGAGCAAACAAGCGCUCCAGACGUCAGAAAAACAGUAAUAUUGAGACUCAGGAGAACAUCUCUACAGUUCACCAUGAUGAAGAGACCGGCAGCAUUGUCAGGGAGAAGCGGAAUAAAACCUCAAAGAAAAAGAAGAAGUCUAAAGCCAGAGCUGACAGAGAGCCUUCACCUACAGAUCUACCUAUUGAUCCGAAUGAGCCUACUUACUGCCUGUGUGAGCAGGUGUCAUUUGGGGAGAUGAUUGGGUGUGAUAAUGAUGAAUGUCCAAUUGAAUGGUUCCAUUUCUCAUGUGUUGGGCUUAAUCACAAACCCAAAGGGAAGUGGUAUUGUCCAAAAUGUAGGGGAGACACAGAGAAAACCAUGGACAAAGCCUUGGAAAAAGCAAAAAAGGAGAGGGCAUAUAACAGGUAGCCCAUA